AUGUUACGGAGCCUGCUUUUCACCAUCUUGUGUGGCUUUGCAGCGGCCGUUACCAGUUCACAACUUGAUCGACACUGGGAGCUAUGGAAGAAGAUGCAUAAAAAAGUGUAUUCACAUCAGAUUGAGGAGUUGGGUCGCAGGCGGAUAUGGGAAGAAAACCUGGAAAUUAUUAAUGUCCAUAACCUGGAGGCAUCGCUGGGUUUACAUACAUAUGAACUAGCAAUGAACCACCUGGGAGACCUGACCACUCAGGAGAUUACAGGCAUGCUGACGGGCACCGUCGUGCCCUCUGACCUGGAGAGGAGUCCUUCCAAGUCCAUCAGGGUCAAUACUUCUCUACCAGCAUCACUGGACUGGAGGGAUAAAGGCCUGGUCACUGAAGUCAAAAUGCAGGGUUCUUGUGGCUCUUGCUGGGCCUUCAGUGCAGUUGGAGCUCUUGAGGGGCAACUCAAGAAAUCUACUGGUGUCCUGAUGUCCCUCAGUCCUCAAAAUCUGGUGGACUGCUCCACAAAAUACGGCAACCACGGGUGCAACGGUGGCUUCAUGACAAAUGCUUUCGAAUAUAUUAUUAAAAACAAAGGCAUUGAUUCUAAUGCAGCCUACCCUUAUACUGGAAAACCUGGUCACUGCAAGUAUAACCCACAGUAUCGGGCUGCUAACUGCUCCAGCUUUGGCUUGUUACCGGAGGGAAAUGAAUUUGAAUUAAAAGUGGCCUUGGCUACCAUCGGCCCCAUCUCUGUUGCAGUUGAUGCUUCCAGGCCAAACUUUGUCUUCUACCGUCAUGGUGUGUACAUCGACCACAGAUGCAGUCGUGAUGUGAACCAUGGAGUGCUGGCUGUGGGAUAUGGCAAUGAGAGAGGACAUGACUACUGGCUGGUCAAAAACAGUUGGGGUGUAAACUACGGAGAUGAAGGCUACAUCAAGAUGGCUCGAAACAGACGCAACCAGUGUGGAAUCGCACUCUAUGCUUGUUACCCCAUAAUAUGA